AUGGUGCGCAGCUUCAUGAUCCGCGGCACGCACGGCCCCAUGCAGACGUUGCUGGAUUGGCGCACGUACGGGUUGAAGGUGCAUUAUAACACCACCGCGCCAGGGCAUGUGGGAUGGAUAGGCAGCGACGAGUUAUUAUACAAGGACGUGCAUUUCACCAUGGGCGCGUUCCGCGGGUUCAUUCAUGGCUUGGUGGGAUCCGCGCGCGAGCUGCUGCGGGAGGUAUUAUAUAUAUCCCCACCCGCCACCAACGCCACGACCGGCAACACCACCAGCAAUAGUAGCAACACCAACACUGAUUUCCCCCCCAUCCCAUGGUCCGGAUUGUACGACGACCCCACGCAGGGCCAGAAGGGGUGGUGUUUUUUACAGGAUACCCGCACGUGGUGGCCAGUGGAUGGGAAACAGUGGUUAGUGCAGCGGCUGCGCAGCGAGCCCGCCAUGCAGCGCCAGUUCAUGCGCCGCGGCCAGAUGCAGGCCCAGCUAGUGGCGCAGUAUUUAAGCCGCGUGGCCUGGUUCAAGGAGAAGCUAGCAGUGGCCAUCCACAUCACGGGUGGCCAGCCCGCGCGGGCGCCCGAGCUGUUAAGCAUCCAGCAUGUCAACACGCAGGCCAGCCAGCACCGCAAUAUAUUCAUCGAGGAUGGGCUGGUGAUGGUGGUGACGGCGUACCACAAGGGGUUCCACGCGAGUAAUGACAUCAAGCUGAUCCACCAGUACGUGCCGCGGGCGGUAGGGGAGUUGAUCGUGUGGUACAUGUGGUUAGUAUUACCGUUCACAGAGCAGUUGACCGCGUGGCAGGCAGCGCAGCAGCAGCAGCAGCAGCCAGUAACCCAGCUGGCAGGCAGGGGAUUAGGGUUAGGGUUUGAUAGGGGUAGGGAUGAUGCCCAAGCUCGCGCGCCCAGGGGCCCCGAUGCGGGCACGCAGCGCGCGUGGACGUCCGACCGGUUCCGCGAGGUGUUAAAGCGCGAGACGCAGGCGCGGUUAGGCCAGGCAUUGAACAUCCCCGCGUACCGGGACAUCGCCAUUGGGAUCAGCCGGCGGUUCAUGCGCGGGGCCAGCGCGUUCAGAAGCGACGCCCAUAACGAGAAGGAGCAGCCGGCCGCGAUGGAGUUAGAUGCUGACCAUGAGGAGGGGAUGGAUGCGGAGCAGUGGAUGGCGCACAUCGCGGAUUUACAGGCGGCGCAUUCAUCACAUGUGGCUGGGAUGGUGUACGCGCGGCAGAUCAUGGAGCAGGCGGGCACGACCAGCCACCGGCGGGCCAUGUUCUGGCAGUCCAGCGUGGAGUGGCAUGAGUUUUUAGGGUUUAGCCAGGAUGAUAGUGGUCAGGCCCAGCCCGCAGGCAACGGGGCCCGCGCCCCAAGCGGUGGUUUGCAAGUGGUUAGGGUUAACGCUGGCCAGGGCCAUGGCCAGGACGAUGGUAGUCGCGAUGGUGGGCAGCCCGCAGGCAACGGGGCCCGCGCCCCAAGCGGUUUACAAGCAGUUAGGGUUCACCACAGCCAGGGCCAUGGCCAGGACGAUGGUAGUCGCGAUGGUGGGCAGCCCGCGGGCAGCAGGGCCCACGCCCCAAGUGGCCAUUUACAACCAUGGUUGCAAACCCCGCGCGCGCCCAGCCCGGACCAGCACCAUCCCACCACCACCACCAAUAUUAGGGUUAGGGUUAGCCAUGCGCAGGAGGAUGGUGGGCAGCCCGCAGGCAGCGGGGCCCGCGCCCCAAGCGGUUCCCAAGCAGUUGGGGUUAGCCCCGGGCAGCCCAGCGGCCAUGCCGACGUUAGGGUUAGGGUUAGUCCAGCCACCACGACAUUAGGCAAGCGCAAGCGCGCGCCAUGGCAGGCCAAGGCCGAGGAGCACCAGUGGGAGCGGCGGCAGCAGUUACAGGCCAUGGACAUGACCACCGCGAUGCAGCAGAUGACCGGCCAGGCCCGCAUGCAGUUCCGCGGGGUCCAGGGCCCCACCAUGGCGGCGAUCCAGCAGGGCCGCAGCCCAGUGGUGGCGAUCAUGCCCACGGGGGGUGGUAAAAGCAUGUUAUUCAUGUUGCCCGCGUGGGCCGUGCCCGGCGGCACCACCAUCGUGGUGGUCCCGUUGAUAUCGUUGCGCCAGGACAUGGCGCGGNAAAAGCAUGUUAUUCAUGUUGCCCGCGUGGGCCGUGCCCGGCGGCACCACCAUCGUGGUGGUCCCGUUGAUAUCGUUGCGCCAGGACAUGGCGCGGCGGUGCCGGCAGCUAGGGGUGUCAUGCGUGGCGUGGGACCGGCAGCGGCCGCCCGACGAGGCCGCCAUCGUGUUGGUGACGCCCGAGUCCGCGGUGACAAGUGA